UUCUCAGGUUCUAUAAAGAUCCGGUGAACCCCUAUUUGGUCGAACUCUCUAGAAAUCCUUUCAGAUUGGGCAGCAGCUGCUCAGAUUUCGAAGGUUGAGAUAACGCCGCUUUUCAAGAUUUCACAGCUAAAUUCAAAUCUUCUUGUUAGCCUUAGGUAGCCGUCUCAGAUCUCUCCUUCUUGCUGUUCAUCCUUUGUACAACUAACCAGACUUCUUGGAAAAAAGGAUUGGAAGUGAAGAGACAAAUUUUAGUUGGGCAUUCAAGAUUGUGACUUUCUUAUAGUAUUAUAUUGUUAUAAGAUGUACUUCUGGUCAUCAUCUCAUACCAAAAUGCAGGUAUUCAGUUGUAUUUUAUAUCAAAAUGGAUGCCAAGAAGUUUAUCCAGCUGGUCGAGGAGAAGAAGAAGCGGAUGAUGGAGAGGAAAGAAGCCCCUUUGAAAUGGGAGCAAAAAUUGGAAGCUGCAGCCAAGGCUAGAGCUGAUGCUGAAAAGGAGAGAAAGAUGAAGGCCACUAAGCACAAGAAAAGAUCUGUAUCAGGUUCUGGAAGUGAUUGUAGCAGUGACAGCAGCGGUGAUGAAAGGAAGUCAGCUAAAAGGCCCCACAGGAAGCAUAGGAAGCAUAAUCACUCUGACUCAGGCGAUAAUGAGAAGAGGAGGGAUAAGAAAUCCAGACAUAAGUCGAAAAGGAGAUCCUCUGACUCUGGUGAUGAUAGCAGUGGAUGUGAUACUGACUCACAAGAAGAGAGGAGGAGAAAGAAGCAGAGGCAGAAAAAACGAAGGCAUCAUGAUUCAAGAUCAGAUUCUUCUGGUGCUGAUUACUCUGAUGAUGAAAGUGACAUUGAUAUGAGAAGAAGAAAUCGCAUAAAGAGUCACAAGCGCCAUCGGAGAUCUCAUUCUAGUGAUUCAGAAUCUGCAUCUGACGAUGACCAUCCAGGCAGAAAGAGAAACCGUGCAAGGCACCACAAACGUUCUAGACGAUCAGGUUCAAGUGAUUCAGAUUCAUCAAGCGAUGAUGACACUCCAAAGAGGAGCCGUCAUGCGAAACACCAUAAGCAUCAUCGUGGAACCCGUACUCAUGACUCGGUGUCCUUAGAUUCUGAAGAUCAUUGUCGUGACAGGAGCAGAUCUCUAGGGAAGUCAUCUGAUGACGAUUUUGGUAAAGUAGAAAAGCAGAAAAAGCAUCAUCAUCGACAUGGUCAUCACCACCACCGUCAUCAUCAUAACAAUCACAAUCGCAUCCACUCUGACGAAACGCCACUCAAUGAUCAGCAGGCUGGGAAAGCAACAGAAUCAAAUGGAAAAAAUACUCUGCGAGAGGCAAAUAUGGACAAUAGCCAUGAUAAAGCUGUUGAGCAGCAAACUGCUUAAUGGUCCGAGUGCGCCUUCCAAUGGAUUCAUGUGCGCCGUUUCUGUGUUGGUAACUUAGGGUUUUCUGGUUGGUGUUGCUGGAGGCUUGGAAUCUGCAAUUUGUCAAAGAUUAUAUGUUGAACUGCUGCAGCAAAAACCUUUCUGAUUGACAUUUGAAUUUACUGAUUCCGUAUAAAUAUGUAACAGCUUAUCAGCAAUUUAUUCCCUCUCUUUGCUGUGUGGAACAUUUAUUUUAACAAACUGUAAUGGAUGCGUUUAGAUUGAACAAUCAACCUUCUCAUGCGAAUGUCUA